GCGUCACGAUGACGUAGCAUAAAGAGGAAAAAAGCUCUCCUGAUCAGCUGAAACAAACCAGCGACUGAAACCUGCAAAUCCAUCUUGGUGCUUCAUGCAAUCUGAAUUUAGACUUAAAAUAGACUGUGCUAUAUUCACGGAGUCAAGUUCAAACACAAACACUGGCUCACGGUGUUUUUAUUAUCGAUCCAUCGUCAAAUGCGCCGCUGAAACACUUUGCAGCAUCUGCUAACAGCGGCCAGGCUAGCUCAGCGAGCUAACCGGCAGACCGGCUCUACGGUCAGGGAGUCCGGUAUGAGAAAGGGGAAUACCCGACUUCCUUGAAGGUAGUCCGUCUGCGUUAAUGAUUUGUGGAACAGAUGAUUGCGCAGUGAACGGAGACUGGGAACAGACACGUCCAGUAUUUGGCAGUUUAGAAAACUUACGCUUGCAUUAGGGCGAAGUUAACACUUGAGCUAACAGCGGCUAGCAGUAACGUCAGGUAGCCCAGGUGCUUCAACAGCCAGUCUCGAGGAGCUCCGGGGACCAAGAAAGGAGAUGGCUAGUGACCCUCCGGCAGGUUUGACCUGCCAGGCUAAUGGAGAAAACACACCGGGGCGAGUGUCCGGUUCUGGCCGCUCAUGUCGUCACCUGUCCGAGUCAGAAUCCGACGUUGUCCCGACUGUGAAAAGCUUAGCGCGACUGUGCAGCAGAGACGAAGAGGAGCGAGCUGCGGCUCUGGAGGAGUUGAGCCAGGGGGUUCUGGUGUGCUUAGGACUGGACCGACCCGGUUCAGCACGACUGACUAAACAAACUCUUCUGCAUCUGCUUCGGCUGUCUCUGUCGUGUCCGCUGCAGGAGGUACGGGGGAAGGCGACCGAGCUGCUGCGGACCGCACAGGAACAAGGAGUUGAAGUACCUCGGGCUCUGGCCUCGGGUCCAAGUGCCUUUAUUCCUGCAAAACAGAUGCUGAAAGAAGGGCCCGAUCAAGACAUCCUGAUCGAAAUCCUUCUUUCACUGGGCCGUGUGGACCAUAUCACCAUGGUGAUGGCACUGCACCCUGCCUACCUCAGCUGCUUCCUGAGGACCCAGCAUGCUUUGUUGGAGCUGGACGGCCCCUUGCCCCGCCACUGGAGACAUUACAUUGCUGUUAUGGCUGCGGCUCGACACCACUGCUCAUACCUGGUGCAGCACCACAGCGCGGGCUUCCUGGAGGCCGGAGGAGAGGAGAGCUGGCUGAACGGCCUGGAGUACGCUCCCACUAAACUCCGCAGCCUGCAGACGCUCAACAAACUGCUGGCACACAGACCCUGGCUCAUUACACAGCAGCACAUCCAGGAGCUGGUGUGUCCUGGCGUAGAGCCUCGCUGGUCACUGGCUGAACUCAUCCACGCCGUGGUCCUGAUGGCACACGCCCACUCGCUCUGCUCGUUUGUGUGGGGCUGCGGCUUAAACCCUGAACCUGACCACAUUGGCGGUUACACCUUCCAGCCUCCUUCACCCAGUCACCUUCCUCGUAGCCCCCACAGCCCAGCUCACGAGGACAGCAGGCAAGAGUUGGUUGAUGGUGCGAUGGAGGUGGAGGUGUUGAUGAAGAGGAUGGUGGAGCUGCAGCAGCAGCAGGAGGAGGAGGAGUGCACGCAGGAGGAGAUGGUUACCCGCUUUGAGAGGGAGAGGAGCGAGAGCAUACCGACAGCGGUGGUGCGGGGAGCCCCACCUGACCUGGUGCUGCGCCUAGUGGAGGAUCCAGAGUUCAGAUAUGAGGACUUUGCACCCAGAGGAGAGCAGGCACCACCCACCAUGAGAGCACAGGACUAUUCAUGGGAGGACCAUGGCUUCUCCCUGGUCAACAGACUACUGCCAGACAUGGGCCAGCUCUUGGAUGAGAAAUUCCAGGUGGUGAGCAACUUGACAUACCACAGGAUGGCCAUGCAUGAAGGUGUGGACACUCACACCCUGAGGAAAGCUCUGUGGAACUACAUCCACUGCCUCUACGGGAUACGAUAUGAUGAUUAUGACUAUGGCAGCGUGAACGUGCUGUUGGAGCGCUCCCUCAAGGUGUUUGUUAAAACCAUGGCCUGUCACCCCGAGCAGACCACGACCCACAUUUACCACGCCUUCUGGAGGCACUUCAGACACUCUGAAAAGGUUCAUGCAAACCUUAUAGUGAUGGAAGCCCGGCUACAGGCAGCCCUUCUUUACACCUUGCGAGCCAUCACACAUUACAUGAGAUGACAACGUCACUCACGCCUUUUUUUUUCUUUUUUUUUUUUGCUGAUGCUGAGCCAGCUGUGACAUAGCACACAGCACAAUGCAUUACACAACAUCAACAACAGAUGAUUUUGCACACACACACCCACACACACUACAAAGAAUAAGUUUGUUUAUGCAUAUCUUAUGUUUCAGUGUUAAUGUUUUGAUGCUGCUUUGCGACUGGGAUAUCUGAUAUUUAAAAUGUUUUACUUGUUUUGCACUGAAUCAUAUCAAGUUGUGUCUCCCACCAGAGCCUCGCACACACACACACACACACACACACACACACACACACACACACACACACCACAUGCUACUAUCCAGGUGUGCAGGUGGAAUUAGGUCUUCAUCAUCAUGUUUUGGGCAUUUCCUUUGCAGAAUUUUUGUUGUCUAUUUGACACACCUGUUCCUGGCCCAUAUCUGUUAACCACGUUUCAGGAAAUCAUGACCACUCAGUCCUCUCUUUCUGCAACACACAGAGGCUGAGAUAAAACAAGACAAAAUAACUUGUAUUUUUCUAUACAAUAAAAAGUUACUUUGUUAUCAAAAUUAAAGAA